AGUGGUACAGUCUAAGUAAGCACCAUGCUGAUCUCUCCUAAACAAGAUAUUUACGGUUCUGCCCUUAGGUCGACUGUGUGUGUUCACAACAACAGCACCUAGAUCCUGGAAAGGUGUCCAAGGAUAAGGAAAGUCGUUAUAGGAAAAAAACUCAAUACGGAAAGUAGUGAACAUCAGUAAGAAGAUUACCAAUUCUCAGGUUUUGGAAGCACUGCUCAGACGAGAUGACACUGUGUAUACAAGUUCUGUUGGUCGGCACUCUGUUACAGGCGGUGUUGUCCGCCCGCAUCGUGCACCUGGUGCCGCCUUACAGCCGAGGGAGUCACUUCUCCGUGGCGUCCCGAGUGGCCGAGGGUCUGGCUGACCGAGGGCACGACGUAACCAUGGUGUUACAAGGGGACGGUUACAGAGGCGUCAGUCACAAAUACCGCGUUGAGAAGACCAAAUCAGCCUUCACCGAAGACGCAAAGGAGGCCAACUUCCAGGACUUUCUUUCUCACACUCUCGCCGGUCAGUACGACUCGGACAUGGUGUCCAAACUCUUCGGACACAUGGUAGACGAAUGCCAAGCGAUGCUUAACGACGAGGACCUUUUCCAGACCAUGAAUUCUUCCAUGUUCGACCUUGCAGUUAUCGACCCGUUCAACUUCUGUCCGUACAUCUACGUCCAGCGGCUGGGGGUCCGUUUCGUGGUGUUGGACGCCACCCCGGCGUUUUUUAGCGGGCGGAACGCCUACCUGCCCUCUCCGCCGACGUACGUCCCCGCCCUGUCCUCCCAGCUCACCGACAAGAUGGACCUACCGGGUCGGCUGAAGAACACGCUGCUGGGGCUGGUGUCGUCCGCUAUGGAUUCUUACAUUCUCUCACUCUUUGAUAAGCUCCGGCUCAUCAAUGGGAUCUGUCCUGACCUGACGUUCGCGCAGAUGAUGAGCAGGGCGGAGUUUUGGAUGUUCCAGUCGGACGUGGCGCUCGACUUCCCCCGCCCGACCAUGCCCAACGUACAGUUCGUCGGGGGCCUGACGGCUCGGCCGGGCAGCCCGCUACCCCAGGAACUGGCUGAGUUCGUAGAAGACUGGGAAGACCACGGCGUGGUAGUGGUGUCCUUCGGCUCGGUCAUAGACAACAUUCCUGACCGGACGCUCCUGGAGAAGCUCGCGGAGGGACUCGCCAGCCUGCACCAGCGGGUCGUCUGGAAGUUCACGGGCGUGCCGCCGUCCAACCUCGGCAACAACACCAAACUCAUGGCCUGGCUGCCGCAGAACGAUUUACUAGCCCACCCUCACACCAGGGCCUUCGUGACCCAUGCGGGAAUCAACGGACUGUAUGAGGCCCUGUACCACGCCGUGCCGGUGGUCGGCCUGCCCAUGUUCGCUGACCAGUUCGACAACAUGGCGCGGAUGGCGGGGAAGGGCAUGGGGAUAACCCUGGACAUCUGGAACCUGCGGCCUGAGCACCUGUCUGCAGCUGUCACCAAAGUCAUCCAGGACAAACGGUACAAGACUACUAUUGACCACUACUCCCGGAUCCACCGUGACCAGCCCCUACUUCCAGUGGACCGUGCUGUGUUCUGGAUCGAGCACGUUCUCCGCAACAAUGGUGGCGACCACAUGCGCCCCCAGGUCUUCAACCUCCCGUGGUACCAACGUUACAUGUUGGACAUCUUUGCCAUCAUUGGCUCUUUCCUUCUAACUUUAUUGUUAGUGGUCACUGUUGCACUGAGAAAAAGUGUGCUGUUGCUCUUCACUUUCGGUAACCUUCUGUGGGUGUCUCUGAAGAACUUGAAGCUAAAAACAGAGUAGUUCACAGUACGUACUAAGAUAACGUGAUGUUC